AUGUCAUCUCUGACUGGAAGAGGAGGGAGACUGCCUGCCUCACACUGGAGCUCAGAAGUGCAGCAUCACUGCGAACAAGUCGGCUUUUCUGCGAGUGGCACCGGGAGCGACCGCCAGUCCAGGGAGCGUCCGGCUCCUGAGGGCGCAGGGGGGACCAGAGGAGACCCGCAGCGGAGCAUGUGCCAGAGAGCGGCCGCUGUCCCGUCGUACGCGUCCCUCCCUGGAGCCGGAGGGGACCGCAUCAGGAGCACCAUGUCGUUCGGAAGCGGGACCGUAAGUCGAGGAUACAGUCGAGGCUGCGAGAGGAAAGUUGCGCGCUGUGAAAAGUGUUCAGCGACCCUGGUGGCUCUGAAGAAACAAGCUCUGAGUCUGGCGGUGCACCAUCACUUCUCCUGCAAGGACUCCAGCGAUCUGUCUGCAUUUCUUCAUGACAACCUUCGAGUCCAUAGUCGCUCAGCCACUGAGUCCCGGGACAGGGAGAGGGAGCAGGGUGAGUGCGGCGCCUGCGGUGUAAACCUGAACCAGCUCAAACACGAGGCGGUCCACUUGGCUCUGAGCAGGGGUCAGUCAUUAGCUAAGCCCCCCUUUGAACACAGCUUUAGCACCGGCACGCUGCUGGGACAAAGUGAGACAAAGCAUGGAGACCGAUCUUCGAGGGAAGCUGCCAUCACGGCUGUGCAUCAGUCCCGCAGUCGCACACACAGUCCUCACAGCCCAAGAAGCCCGAGGACGCCGCAGAGGACCCCUCAAACCCUCAGACGGAGGGGACCCAAGCCCGGCAACCCCGACAUGGACCGCUGGGUGGAGGAGCAGCAGCAGCUGGUUGCGUCUAAAUCUGCGUCCAGCACUGACGGUGUCACCAUCCACGGUCAUCGUCAGGCUGCAGAUGAUGCUGCGCCGGGCUGCGGUGAUGCCGGGAUCGUUCAGACAAGCUCCAAGAUCCCUCACAUCUCCAGAGUGGUGACCAUCGCCAACACCGCCGCCAUGUCCCUUUUAGCCAGAGCGGCCGAGAAGCUCAACCUGACGUCGAGGAAAAAAGGCCAGGCUUCCGAUCCAGCUCCCGCUCAUCUCUCCACCUGCUUCAGGGAGCUGAUCCAGAAAAACCCACCGCCCGUCCCCUCCUGCCUGCUCCAAGCUGCCACCAGAACCAAAGACUCACCCAAUGUUGGCAAGGUCAAAGUCGUGCUGAGGGUGAGCCCAUCGCUGUCAGAGGGCCAAGGCCAACCACCUGUUCUCCGGAUUGACCCGUCCAAGAAAAGAGUCACCGUAAUGGAGCCGAGCAGCAGAAGCGUGCCGCACGCCACGAUGACGCUCGACAGGAACGGCAAAAACCUUCUGAAGACCGUCAAUUUUGAUGCUGCGUAUCCUCAGGAGUCGAGCCAGGCCGAGGUGUGUGCAGGCGUCCUGGCUGAUGUCAUCCGCUGCGUGCUCAGCGGCAGCGAUGGAUGCGUCCUGGGUUUGGGAUGCGCUGAUGUGGGCUCCUGGUCCAGCAUGGUGGGGAGCGGUGAGAGCCUCCAGAAGCUCGGCCUGAUUCCCUGUGCCAUCUCCUGGCUGUACAGUGCCAUCGAGCGGCGGAGGGAGAAGACCUGGACGGAUCUGACGGUGUCGGUGUCGGCCAUCGAGCUGUGCUGUGGAGAGGAGGACACACUGAGGGACCUGCUGGGGGAGGUCGUCCCCUCGGCAGGCAGCGUCCAGGACAGCCCAAAGGCCCACGUCAGACUUCAGGAGGACCCCGUCUACGGGAUUCAGCUCCGUAACCACAACCGGGUGAAGGCGCCCACCGCUGAGCGAGCUGCUUCCCUCCUGGACGCGGCCAUCGCGACGCGUCGGCACAACGACUUUGUGACGUAUCUGUCCCACAGCUCCGUAAUGUUCUUCACCCUCCACGUCCAGCCCCCUCGUACGGAGAGCAGCACCAUCGGCAAAGGUUCACGUGGACCCACUAAGUUGACCAUGAUCGAUGUGUGCAGCGGUAUCAGGGGUAUGAGCAGAAACAAGCCUCCCUAUUCUGAACUGGGCCCUGUUGUCGUGUCUCUGCUAAGUGGACAGAAAACAACGCCCAGCAAGGGUAGUAAGCUGACUCUGCUCCUUCGAGAGGCUUUGGGCCACGUAAACUGCCACACCACGGUGAUCGCUCAGGUAGAUGACUCGCUGGCACGCCUUCAAGAGACCUUAUCCACCAUCCAGAUGGCUUCUCGCAUCCGCAGGACACAGAAGAGGACGAAGCAGUCCACCUCUUGUUCUCCGACUGGGAGGAGUUUGACUAAAGACUAUGAUCGAGGACCGUCUCUGUCCCUGCGGGCGUUCCACUCCACCGAUGAAGUAGACGUUGACGUCCCUCAUUUCCGUCUGCGCGGUGAUCUGGACGAGCGCUCCAGCAGCGACCAGUCCUGCGACACGGUCAUCCAACUGGACUCGGACGGCUUGGUCCAGUCCAAAACAAUCUCCAGACUGACACAACCUGAAUUUGUGCCCAUCAUUCCCUCUCUGCAUCCUAACAAGGCUGACAUGGAUGACCCGGAGUUUACAGCUCUGCUCCAACAGCUCCUACGAAUCCCUCAGCUGCAGGCAGAGAAGAAGAACGACGGGACCGUUCAAGGGAGUAACGAAGUGCUGAAAGCUGACCCGAGGCAGCCGGCGAGGGACUGUCUGAAAUGUGACACAUUUGCUGAACUUCAGGAGCGCUUGGGAUGUAUCGACGGUAGCGAGACAACAAUGGAUUUGCUCAAGUCUUUCUCGAAAGGGCCGUCUGUUAACAAUGUCAAGCCCAAAUCACAACCCCAGAAAGAAACAGGGAAGCAGACGGACACUGCCUCAUCAGAAACACCACAGAUGUUGUUGAAUCAGGGAUUAGGUUGCAGUCAGACCUCUGCUGGAGAGAAGCAGACAGAUGGUGCCUUCCCUGGAGACAGCUUUCAGAGAGAGGAUUCAGGUCUGUAUGACUGCGAGGAGUGCAGUGCAACCAGUUCCAGUGAGGAGCUGCUGAAUCAAACUCUGAGUCGUAAUAAGACCUGUCGCUCGGAGCCGCCUAAAGAUGGAACUCUUAAGUCGGAUGAAAAGCUCUCCUCUCAGGACUUUGAUGCCGAUGCUCAGGGGAUGCCCGUCAAAAGCUCCCCUGCACAUCAGCCUCCGAGUAAAAAGGAGAGUCCCGAAGCUGCUGAUUGGUUUAAACCAGACAAAAGGACAUCACCAGUCGGCAAGAGCUCCCCCAUAUCUCCCUCCUCCUCCUCCUGCUCCUCUUCACACUCACUGGCUACCAGUGUUAUAAUCGGAGACGCAUUACCUAAUCGCCCCCCUGAAGAGGACAUUAAAGAAAUGAAGGCCACCAUCACAGUGACCGUUCAACAGCCGCUGGACCUCAAAGGUCAAGAUGAACUCGUCUUCUCUAUGGUGGAGGAGGUGACCAUCAGCGGAGCAAUGAACAAAGGGAGGACGGGCGGAAACAUCAUCUGUAUCAGAGACGCUGCCCAAUCACAUGUUCAGGGCUCUGCCAGCUCUCAACCAAUCAGGAUAAUCAGCAAUGUCAGCGACGAAUCCUCAGGUGGAGCUUCUUGUAAUGCAAACAAAAGCUCAGUCGUUCAGUCUGAAGCACCAGAGACUGACGCUGAGAAGCCCCAGCGUCAGUUCAAGAGGGAGAAGAAAUUCUUACCUUCCUUUAUAAACCCCAUGCUGAUUAAUACAGACAUGGAUUGUGAGGCUGAAAAAGAAACUCCUCUCGACGCUUGUAAAGGAUGCGAGUCGCGUUCUGAGCUCAGAGGGAGUAAAGUCAAAAGUCCAGACGAUAAGAAGGCCCUGGAGAGAAGGAGCGAGGCACACGGCAAAAAGACUGACAAAACUUCUGACUCACUUUUUAGUAAAACGUGUCAUGACGCAAUGGUUUUGGAAGAUUCAACUUUCUGUGGUGAAACUGCAGAAAACAAGGUGUGUGGAAAGAGACCCAGAAACACAGACAAUAGCAACCCAAGAGACAAGGAGCAUGUUUAUCUCGCCAACAGUCCAAAGGGCUCCGAGGGGGGAGAAGUCUCCUCCAGACGUGUUGGGAAUACCCCCAAGAGAUCUGGUGUUGCACCUGGUUGCCAAGAAACCGCCGCUGCUUCUUUUAAAACAGGUAGUUUGCCCAGGGCAUGGCAAAAUGCCAACCACCACGACAGCUACCACGGCGGUUACAUGCCAGACGGAUACAGGGACCCGAGGGGGGUGACAUCAUCCACCCCGUGUAGCCCAGGGGUAACUCUGGAGCGCAGGCAGGGCAGACAGCACACAGCAAACCACAGCCUCCACGUCUCCUCGCCUCGGAAAUAUGGAGCAGAGUACAAACAGCAUGCUAGUACCGUUCCCAGAAAUGGUGCUGAAUCUUUCUUCGAGACCCCAAAUCAAAGAAUGAAUAACAUGAGGCUGAAGUCACCCACUGAGAACAGCAGCAGGCUUUUCAGUGCCAAACUGGAGCAGCUGGCUACCAGGACUAAUUCCCUCGGAGGAAGCUCGAGGGACGUCUCGGCCCUGGAUAGAGACAGCAGCAACACCUCUGUGAGCUCUAAGGGAAGCUCCAAGGGAAGCAAUGAAGGGGCUUGUAAGGGAGGUUAUAAAUUACGUCAUGAGGGAGACUGCACCUUACCGAGGGCCAGCAGGAGUCCGAGGAAGAAUCCUCGGUCUGACCAGAGCCACCUACAUCACUUCUUCCCCCCGGAAGAACCUGUUACUCAGUCUGCAAGGCAUUCCCAUUCCAAGCUGUCCGCUGUGGGGAAGCUGAAGAUGGCCAGCCCCAAAGUCCGUCGACUGUCGGCCCCCAGCAUCAAGAACCUCAGUCUGCCCCACAGAAGCCUGCGGCAUUCCAUCAACCGCAGCGCCAGUCUUUCCCCAGACAGCAAAACUGUCAGCUUUGAGCGGACGUCCUCCUUCCUUUCCUCUUCCCCUCCUCGGUCUCAUCACUCCAUCAGCCGGACUCCGAGCCAGAGCUCCACAAGCUCAUCCACCAAAUCUGUCAUCCAGGGGUUUGUCAACUGCCGGUUCUCAGACCUCCUCAAGGACAGGGGGGCUCCCAGCCCGACUACAGGAGGACCGGACCACAUGACCGCUCUGCCCUCGCCAUACACCCGGGUGACUGCUCCCCGCAUGCCUGAUCACAUGAGUGGGCACGCGAGUGACACCACCAGUGUGCUGAGUGGAGAUUUGCCCCCAGCGAUGGGGAAGACGUCCCUGUACUUCUCAAACAGGAACAGUAUGGUGAGCAGCGGAUACGACAGCAUGGUGCGAGACAGCGAGGCCACCGGCAGCAGCACCUCGAACAGAGACUCAGUCAGCGACAGGAGCGGCUCUCUGCUCAGUGUGGCUCGCAGCAGCCGCUCAUCUCGCAGGAGAGGCAACACAGGUUCUCACCAGCGUCGUCUUUCCCAUGAUACACCUGUGUCCCUGAGACGUUCAGCUAGUGGUCUGCGGUCUCGCUGGGUGGAUCGGGGAAUCCCAGAGGCCUACGAGAUCAAGGUCUAUGAGAUCGACAAUGUGCAGAGGAUGCAGAAAAGAGCAGGUGCUGGCAAACAGGCAUGUUUCAGCGCCAAGCUGAAGUUUUUGGAGCACCGGCAGCAGAGGAUCUCAGAGGUCCGAGCAAAAUACACCAACCUGAGGAGAGAACUGGAGCGGGUCAAACAGAACCUCAUGCUGGAGCCCGCCAAGUGGAACCAAGAGUUCGACCUGUGGCAGACCUUCGAGGUGGACUCCCUGGAGCAUCUGGAGGCCCUUGAGGUGGUGAUGGCUCGACUGGAGGACAGGCUCAGUCUCUGCAAGGCCAACGUCAUGAUGGUCACCUGCUUCGACGCCACCGCCAGGAGGCGACAUAAGAAGCGCCGACGAAAAGCACCAGAGCUGAGAGCCCUGAAGGGAAUCUGAGCUGAGUAAUAGUGAGAAUUUAAAACACACGG